UUUUGCUAGUUGAGCAAAUAUUGGUUAUGUCUUCUUUGUACGUGUUGGUCAAUGACCAAAAGCGAAGAUCCUCGACGGAAGUCGGCAAUGGGCGAAUGAUCCUAGCAGUCGAGCCCAACAUUUUUUUGUGAAACGCAUCAUUGAAUUGAAUUGAACCAAUACGUCCGUGCCCCACUGAAUUAGUGAAACGUAUCGUUGAAUUGAAUGGAACCAAAACAUCAACUAUGUGUCUCCUAACGUAGGUAAACAAGUGAUUCGUAAUAAUUUCUGAAAUAUUUUUCGAUAUGUCUUUUGGAGAAAUUGUAGAGCCAAGUACAAGGGCACUAAUAAUAGAUGAUGACGUGGAACUUUCAGAAGCUGAAAGAACUGAAGUAAGCUGGAAAGGAAAACCUGAUCCACCAGAUGACGUUGACUUGCUAGUAUUUGUAGAAAGUAACCGGCUUAUUCAGCUUGCUCAGCUAAUUUUGUUAUCCAAUUUGAAGCUGGCAGCAAAACUUUUAGGGGAAGGAGUUGAAAUAUAUAAUGAUGGCAAACAAUUUCUUGUAACAUAUUCCGAAUCAAAGACUUUGAUUUGUGGAGAGAUUGUGGAAAUAUUUGAAAAAUGGAUAGCAAAGGCUUCCAAGAUCUAUUCAGUUACAUCUUCAUCUAUUGUGCUUUAUCAAAAUGACGAAAUUUUUCCCAAACCUGAGACACUAGUAAGGUGCUUAACAAAUAAUGGAAAGGUGCCAUUUGAUUUCUGCGAAAAAUUGGAAGCACCCAAUUUAAUUACAGGGUUGGGAGCAGGCGUUUUAUCUUAUUGUGUGUAUAAAUCUAUUAAGUGUAGCUUAUUUGUGAUUUAUAUGGACAAUUCUCCUUUGGACUCCAUUAAUUCCAAAUAUUUUGUUAAUUUAAUGAGCAAAAUGGGGUUUGUACUUAAAAACAGCCUCCUUACAAUAAGUACAGGGUCUAGCAAUUUGUAUAUAUAGAAGUAAACAUUAAGCUUCUUUUUUUUUUUUUGGAAAAUGGAUGCCUAUUACAUUAAACAUAAGGAAUGUGAGGGAGAGGAAAAUUUGUAAAUAAAUAUUUAUAUACUGUUAGUUUUUACAAUUAAGAAGUUGGUAUUUACUAAUGAUAAAAAAAAUUGAAUGAGAAUUUGAAUGUUUUAUGCGCAUCUAGCAUUGUAUCAAAAUAACCUCUCAUUUGUUUGGUUUUUUCUUUAAGCCAUGACUUAUGAUAUUAAUGAAUGAAUUGAUUUCUAAACAGUCACUUUAAAGUCAAGUCAAACUUUAGAAAAUGUAGAAAUUCUUUCUGAAGCCUGAUUAAGUUUUACAGGGUCAUAUGUGGCAGUUGACUUUUACUAUUCCGCCAAAUUUCAAGUCGAUAGCUGCAAAUUUCGGGCAUAUAAUAUAUAAGGCUAGACUCUACACCAAAUAUAAGCUGUUAUUCAUGAGAUGAGAACGAUACUUCGAAAGUAUUGAUACUUUUGCUGAAUAGUGACGAGUAUUUCUGGCAUCUAUAUUUUUGUAGCGGUAUCGGCAUCGACAAUAAUUAUACAAAAUGGUCACAAAUGUACAAAAAGACAAGAGUCGGAGAGGUAAAGGAGAACAUGGAUUUGUCGAAGGAAUAUAUAUGAUUAAUCAAAUUAAAAAUUCGAGUAGAUAAGCUCAGAAAUAAUUUGGAGUGGCACUUUAACUGGAGCUAUCUCAGUUAUUAUUGAUUAGAUUGCGGUGUUUAUAGUCAUCCAAUCUAGAAAACAUAUGCUGUAAUACUGCGUAAAAUUUCACGUGGCUGGGAUUUGGAUGUGGAUAUGCAAAUAUUGCAGUGACUUAUUGUCAGCAAGCUAAUUCCCAGAAACCUUGCUGUAACAAAGGAACACAUAUAUCCGUCCAUAAAUGAAUUAACCGUCGACGAGAAUGCCUCAUUGAAGUGGAUACGUACAAGAGAGUGCUGGUCGAAGACGUGAAGCGGCGAGUGUUUAUACGCGUGAAAUGUGAUUUUACGUUUUUUUGAUAUUUGCAGUCACUUUAUUUGAAUAGUAACUUGUUUAAGCUCGGUUUCCUGUUUAAUUACGCUCCCGGAUUUAACAAUUGCUACAAAUUUGAAUGUUACCGCUCAAAUUUGAUUUGCUAGCAGACAUAUGCUUUAAAUAAUAAAUUAA